UUGUGAAUAGACGAAGUGUUUCACAAAAAUUUACCUAUCAGAAACAUCAAACGGAAAAGAUUUGUCAUUUUCGGCGCUUGCAAAAGUUUUAAAAAUUCAAUUAAACGUCAAACAUGAGCUUAUUAAGUGCAAAAUACAGUGUGCAUGUAGAAAUAUGUCUAAAACCAAAUGAAAACCGUCUUGAAGUGCUGGAAAAGUUGCUAGAUGCGCCUGUACGCGACUACAUGACUUUGGUGAAAGUACCGCUGGGCCAGUCUGUGAAAUUGGAUGAAAAUAUCCUUGAAAGCAAUUCUGCAUUGGGUGACUUGAAAUUAGUCGAGUCACUAUUAGUGGAAUGUGAAGUCAAACGCAUUGGAGAGUUUCUCAAUGAGGCCGAUUUGAAGCACUUAAUUUUACACUUCUACAGUCCUCAAAGGCGCAUAAUGGAAUUGGAAACAUUUGAUAUGGAAUCAGGCGAUGGGGGUGAUGGUGAUACAGUGCCUGCGUCCAGUCAUUGGCUUUUGCCUUCCAGCAAUUUUCUGCAGUUAUGGGAGAAUUUAAUUUAUGAAGAUGGCUUGAAAGAGAAGCUCUUAAAGUUUGCGCUUUCUGCCCUGAUAUUCUCACAGCAUAGUGUCAAUCCGCACAUCAUAUCAUGUAAUCGUCUGCUGCUAUUGCAUGGCCCACCAGGCACUGGCAAGACGAGCUUAUGCAAAGCUCUAGCACAAAAACUAGCCAUUCGUGUACGUCGUACAUUUCGCCACACACACCUCAUCGAAAUAAAUAGCCACAGUCUGUUUUCAAAAUGGUUUUCGGAGAGCGGCAAAUUGGUGAUGCGUCUCUUUGCGAAAAUACGCGAAAUCGUUAUUGAUCCACACAAUCUAGUAUGUGUGUUAAUCGAUGAGGUUGAAUCGCUCGCCUAUGCACGUGAUUGCAUGUCCGGGCAAGAGCCAAAAGAUGCCAUGCGCGUGGUUAAUGCAUUGUUAACACAGCUAGAUGCGAUUAAAGAGCAUCCUAAUGUUUUAAUAUUGGCAACAUCCAAUUUAGCUGAUACCAUUGAUUUAGCUUUCUUAGAUCGUGCGGAUAUCAAACAAUAUAUUGGACUGCCAAGUGUAGCGGCCAUAAAACGUAUUUACGAAACAAUGUUGACUGAAAUGAUGCGUAUAGGCAUAAUAAAGCGGCAAUCACUAAAUGAGAUCGAUCAGCAUGAAGGAUUGCUGUCAGCAUUAGCUGAACGUAGCAUUGGUUUGAGUGGACGUAAUUUACGAAAAUUACCAUUCCUGGCGCAUGCAGUGCAUACGGCCAGUUCAGAUUUUGAUGUGGAUGGAAAAAUUGACUUGUGUGAUUUUUUGGAUGCAAUGUUGGAGGCAAUCGAACAACAUCACUGCGAUCAAAAGUUGAUGAAAAGUUGAGUAAACCGAUAAUCGAAAUAUUUUUUCAUUCAAUUAUGUAUUUCAUAUUCAGCAAAAAUAUCGAUAAAAUUUUAAUAUAUUUUUCUAUGUAUGCAAAGACUUAAAACUAAAUAAUUGUUCCGAUGUAUUAGCUGUUUAGGAAUAAUACAGUUGGUUAAAUUUUUUUAUAAAGUUACUUUUUUCCCGUUCUGAAAA